UGCGAGUUGACGUGCACAUCCAUCACAUCCCCAAUGUCUCUCGCUGCUAUCCCGACGAAGGCCCUACUGGCGGAGCUUGAAACGCGCUUGGAAUGUGCCGGCAAGAAGGAGCGCCGUACCGUGUUCAUCGGCCCUCCGGGCUGCGGCAAAGGCACCCAAAGUCCGAUCGUGAAGGACGAAUAUUGCUUGUGCCACUUGGCCACGGGCGACAUGCUUCGCGCGGCGGUGCGGGACGGCACGGACAUGGGCAAGAAGGCCAAGGCUGCCAUGGAAUCGGGUGCCCUUGUCACGGACGAAAUCGUGAUUGGCAUCAUCAAGGACGCGAUCACGAGCCCAGAAUGCCGCCGCGGGUUCAUCCUCGACGGGUUUCCUCGCACCGUGGUCCAAGCCGAGAAGUUGGACGAAAUGCUCGUGGAGACCAAUACUCAAGUGGAUAAGGUUGUCAACUUCAACAUCCCCGACCAAGUGUUGGUCGAGCGCAUUUCUGGUCGCCGCAUCCACGCCGCGAGCGGCCGCAGCUACCACGUCAAGUUCAACCCCCCAAAGGUGGCCGACAUUGACGACAUCACGGGCGAACCGCUGAUCCAGCGCAAGGACGACAACGUGGCGACGCUGGGUGCCCGCCUCGAUGCGUUCCACAAGCAGACCCAGCCCGUGAUCGACUUUUACGCGCGCCAAGGCAAGCUCGUCCAAGUGGACGCAAACACCGGCAUGGACGUUGUGACCAAACAGAUCCGAGCCAGCUUUGGCACCAACUAACUUGUCAACUAUCGUCCAGUCAGAGUACAUUGGUCGUCGGUCCACGGGCGCGCUAGCUCGCCAGAUCUACGGCAUGCACGCACAUACACAUGAUCGUGUCUAUCUUUUACCUGGACGACACGUGGGGUGGGGCUACGAAUAUCGAGGAUAUGUAUGUGUUUUGAUGACCCGCGCGCGCUACGACUACUACUACUAGUACUACUACU